AAGAACAGGCCCGCUUGCGCCGUGCGCGGACGAGUUCGGCGGUGUCCAAGGGCACGGGCGUGGUCCAUACCAAGGUCAUGGCAUCGCCGCUGUCGUCGGACACGGCUUAUGUGUACUCGUAUCGUGGCUUCCGCAACUUGGCGCUCCUCAUUCUGGUUGUGUCCAACCUGCGGCUGGUCAUCGAGAACGUGACCAAGUACGGCCUGCUUGUGGACGUCUGGUCGAUUCUUGUGGGCAUUGCCACGCAGGACUUUUCGUCAUGGCCGACGGCGUCGAUGGCGAUCGGACUCUCCGUCUUUAUUGCAGCGGCAUGGGUAAUCGAGCUCCUUGCGUCGGGCUCGUGGCUCCCGUCGGGCGUGGCCAGCCUUGCUCAUGCCGUCAACGUGGCGGCAUCGCUUGCGAUUCCGUGCCUGUGGAUCUGGUACAUUCCGUCGAACGAGGUUCUUGCGCUCAUUCUUGUGCUCUCGGCCAUCACGCUCUUCCUCAAGCUCUGGUCGUACGCAACGGUCAAUGCGCGGGCGCGGGCACAGUUCCUGGAGCGCCAGGUUGCGUACCCGGCCAACGUCACGCCCCGCAACAUAAUCUGGUUUCUGGCGGCGCCGACGCUCUGCUACCAGAUCAACUACCCGCAGACGGCGGGCAUCCGACCAGGCUUUCUACUCCGGCGGACGGCCGAGUUUUUCUUUUUCUCGGGCCUCAUCUUUAUGCUCGCGCAGCAGUACAUGGUGCCGACGGUGGCCAACACCAUGGCGCCGCUGCAGGCGCACAACUACAUCAAGGUGGCGGAGCGGCUGCUCAAGAUUGCGGUGCCCAACUUUCUGAUCUGGAUCCUGGGCUUCUACACCUACUUUCACGUCUACCUGAACAUCUGGGCUGAGGUCACGGCCUUUGGCGACCGGGUCUUCUACAAGGACUGGUGGAACUCGACAACGCUGUCGCGGUUUUGGCGGGCGUGGAACAUCCCGGUCCACAACUGGCUGGUGCAGAACAUCUACCUCCCGCUCCGUACCCUUGGCGCGUCCAAGCAGGUCGGCUACGUCGCAUGCUUCUUCUUCUCGGCUCUCCUCCACGAGCUCAUCAUCGAUGUCGCCUUUCGCUCGCUCGGCUGGCUCGCCUUUGCUGGCAUGAUGCUCCAGAUCCCAUCGUGCCUCUUCACCGACCAGUUCGAGGGCACAACCCUCGGCAACGUCAUCAUGUGGCUCUCGCUCCUCCUCGGCCAGCCGCUCUGCAUCCUCGGCUACUACGCCGCCAUUGUCUCCAAGACGCAAGCAUCGUAA